AUGACAGACCAACCGCUUCGCAUCGGCUUCGUCCCCGAGCACUUUUCCGCCCCGCUCCAUUUCGCGCGGGACCACUACGGCCUCCAUGCCGACCUGGUCCCCUUCCCCUCGGGCACGGGACACAUGAUCACCGCCCUCCGCUCCAACGAAAUCGACGUCGCCGUAGGCCUGACCGAAGGCUGGAUCGCGGGGCUCGGCAAGGAAGGCGUCGAGGGAGACGGAGGCUACCGUCUCGUCGGUACCUACGUCGACACGCCUCUCUGCUGGGCCAUAUCCACCGGCGCCUCCCGCCCCGAAAUCUCCUCCGUCGCAUCCCUCCAAAACUCCAAAAUCGGCGUCUCCCGCAUCGGCUCCGGAAGCUACGUCAUGGGCUUCGUCCUCGCCGACCAACAAUCCUGGCUGCUCUCCCCCACCUCCUCCUCUUCGGCGGCGCCCCCCUUCUCCGACACCGUGGUCCUGAACGACUUCAAGACCCUCCGCGACGGCGUCAACAGCGGCAAGGCCGACUUCUUCAUGUGGGAGACCUUCACGUCCAAGAAGUACCACGAUUCCGGCGAGAUCCGCCGCGUCGGGGAGAUCUACACGCCCUGGAGCAGCUGGAAGAUCGUUGCUUCGACGAGGCUUGUCGGGGGAAAAGGCAAGCCGGAUCCCCGCGUCAGGGAUAUGUUCGCCAAGAUUGAUCGUGGGGUGGAGCGGUUCGAGCGCGACCCGGAGGGGGCGUUGCGGUGGAUUACGGACAACUUGGACUAUUCCGAGGCGGAUGCGAGGGCGUGGUUGGAUACGGUCAAGUUCACCAAGGGGGUGGAGGGGGUCAAGACCGAGGUUGUGCAGGGGUGCGUUGACAUUCUCCGAAAGGCUGGGGUCUUGGUGGAAGGGAAGGGCAUGCAACCUGCGGAUAUGAUCGCGUCGGAUUCGUCAUGA